AUGAAUAGACCGGCUAAACGCUGCUACAAGAGUUGUAUUUUGUUGACAUUGCUUCUCUGCGUUUGGCUUUAUUGCCCAGUCAAUAGCAAUACUAUGGAUGUUCAGAGCAUAAUACAGAAACUAAAUGAGGAGCAUAAAUACAACAUGCACUUAAUGAUUGAUCUGAAGGUUAGUAAUGGGAGCCAAAAAUUCGAGGAAAUUGGCUAUGAAUUAGAAGUGCCUAGAAUCCUGAUAAGCCAUACCGGAGUGGUGAAAGAAAAUUUCUACAAAAUUUUCAAUAUGAAAAUUCUUACCAUUGUCAGAAUGGAUAUGACGAAUUUGAAUAUUACCUUUAGCAUCAUGGAGAAGUUGCUGUGGCGUCGCCAUUAUAUUACAAUCACAAUAUUGUUUCAGAACGAGGACUUGGAUUUGGAAGAACUUUUUCAUAGAUGUUGGAAACAAGGUCACACCUCGGUUUUGUUGUACUGGCGCAAUAGUUUCUACUCAUAUACCGCUUUUCCAAACUUAAGAGUGAACCGCUUGACAAAUUUAUCGCAGUUUUUGGAUUAUGAACAUCACCAAAACUUCCAGCAUUACAAAAUCAAAGUUCCAUUUGUGGAAAUUCCUCCACUUUGUUUCAGUUAUCACAAUCGCCAAGGACACUAUGUUAGAUCGGGCAUCUACUACAAGAUUGUGGAGAAUUUUGUAACCCAUUACAAUGGUUGUCUGCAGCAUGAGUUUAUUGACAUUUGGAAGCUAAGCCUGCAACGCGAAUAUGCCACUGACCUUGUGGCAUCUGGUGAAUUUGCCUUUAUUACCUCUCAUUUGGCUAUGAACGAAAGCUAUGAGAACAGCGAAUCCUUUAAUUUUGCUGCGUUAUAUUUGAUUGUACCAGCCGGCAAUGAAAUUGAUCAGAGUCUAUACCUGCUGGUCUCAUUCAACAGCAACAUGUGGUUAAUGAUAUUUCUGUUGCUGUUUGUGCUGUUCCUGUUCAUUGUGGUAGUCAACUAUUGUAAAUAUGGAAAAUUAAUAUAUUUUGACUCUUUACUACAUGCCUUAAAGAUUGUCAUCUUCGCUUACGAUGAAGUAUUCAAGGGUAGAACAUUUUUUAAUUAUAUGCUACAUCUACUGUUUCUUAUAGUGGGUUUGUUUCUAACCAACAGCUAUGUUUGUAACCUCUCCAGCAUGUAUACGUCACGGAUUUACGAACCCGACCUGAAGACUUUGCAAGACAUCGAACGUACUAAUCUAGGCAUUCAUGUAUAUUCCCUAGACUAUGAUCAGUACUUGGCUGUAAAAAAUUUGCCUUCCAUCGUCCACAAGCGCAUGUUUGUGGGUAAUAAUACCGAGUUCUAUAUAAAUCGCCGAAACCUGAAUCUUGUCAGCAUAUACCCGAGUGUUGAUGACAUUGUGGAUUUUGUGCUAUUUCAACAGCUGUAUGUAAAGAGGCCAUGGGCUAAAUACCUACCAGAGCCCAUGUAUACAAUUCCCAGUACCAUCAAAUUGCCCCAUCGUUCGCCUUAUAUAAGGCUUUUCAAUCGGCAUUUGUCCUAUAUGAGGGAUAGUGGUAUCUUGAAGAAAAUCAAAACAGAUAGCCAAUGGGAUGGAGUAUUAAGUUCAUCAAUUCGAUUUUUCCAGGACACUGUAACAAAUCGAUCAAUGUCAAUGGUCCAUUUGCAAUAUGCCUUUGUAAUGUGGCUCAGUGGAAUGCUGUUGGGUUUCUUAAUAUUUAUAGGAGAAAUUAUUUUUGGAAAGAAAUGUCAUUGA